UUGUGCAAGAUGUUCACUUCAAAAUAUUCGUUUUAAAAUUACAGUUCAUCGUAUUUGUCAACUUUAUGAGCCGCCUUUGGCUGCGAUUGACUUUGGGAUGGGCGGUGUCUCUUCUAGGCUGCUUUGUGGCAGGCAUUUACUUUCAACACUGGCAUGCAACGCGUCAGUUGCGCCAACUGGUGCAACAAGAUGCAUACGCCUACUACAUCAGUCCCCAAAUAUUCGAUGCAUUCUCGUUCUUUGCCACGCAAAAUGAGCAAAUGCAUCAUGUGCGACGGAUCAUGAAGUAUGGCUUUCCAGGGCUGGACGAUGUGCGCAUCUAUAGCGACUUUGUGCUCUCCUACGAUCGUCGCAAUCGCAUUGCCCACUGGGUCUGCGAGCACUUGCAGCAAUCGACACUAGAGGGCGUGCCUGGUGUUAGCCGCGCCAGCGCCACCUAUCGGCCUGAUUUGAGUGUUCCUUCGACUUUUCGCGCCUCGCUCGCCGAUUAUCGGCAUUCGGGUUUCGAUCGAGGCCAUCUGGCGGCAGCGGGCAAUCAUCGAAGUCAGCAAUUGCAUUGCAAUGAGACUUUCUUUCUGACCAACAUUGCACCACAAAUACACCAGGGCUUCAAUAGCGGUGCCUGGAACAAGUUGGAGAACUAUGUGCGUCAAUUAACGCAGCGCUAUGGCUCCGUUUACGUUUGUACUGGACCACUGUACAAGCCACGACCGACGCAGAACUCCAGCAAGUGGAGCCUGGAGUAUCAGAUGAUUGGGUCCAAUAUGGUUGCGGUGCCCACGCAUUUCUUUAAAGUCAUCACCAUUGAGUCGCGUCUGCCUUUGGGCAAACCCUACAUGGAGGCCUAUGUGCUCCCAAAUGCUUCGAUUCCGGCACAACUCACGUUACGCGCUUUUCUCUGCGACAUCCGAGAGAUCGAACAUUACGCGGGACUCAAGUUCUUUGAUGGGCUACGUCGGAGCAUGCUCUUUGGCAGCAAUUAUCCCAGUAAAUCGCAAGUCUUUCGUGAUUUUGCCUAGAAUUCUACGUUGUAAAUAAAAAUAAUU